AUGCAACAUCAGAGAUUCAGCAUCUACAAAGUCAUCCUAUUGCUGAUCUACGGAUGUUGCUUCUGGUUCCUUAUCAAGCAUCUAUUGUGGAGCUACGUAACACGCCUACUCAAACCAUAUUAUCACAUGGAAUACGCUGAUCUCUUGGACCGAAUGAGCUCGACUGUGAUGGGUUACUCCAUAACAACCACAAUGUUGUUCAAGAGGCCAAACUCAUGCAAUAUAAUACAUUCGCCGUGGAGAAGCUUUUAUUAG